GAAGCUGGACAACCAGAAGCUCACCGGCUCUCUCCACGCUGACCUCAGCAAGCUCUCCACGCUCACCAUGCUCGAUGUGAGCUUCAACUUCCUGCGAGACAACAUCGACACCUGGGCCUCGCCCCUUAAGCUCCUCACCAACCUGCUCUCGCUCCGCCUCAACAACAACUACCUCUACGGCUCCGUGCCCCUCUGGCUCGUCUCCUUCUCCAAGCUCACCAACCU